AAGGAAGAGACAGGCUACAAGUCCGGGCAGAGCAGGAGCCUUGGUGGUGCUGACGGUUUGGAAGUCAACUCAGCUGGAAUCCCCCAGAGUAGUGGCUGGUCCAGCCUGGCGAACUCUCCCCAUCCCGCUGCCGCUGGGACCAGCUUCACAACCCCCGCCGCCACUCUCAGAGACAGUGCGCCCGAGAUGAGUCAGACCCUCUGGACCGGGAAGAGAGCAGACAUGCUCCCGGAGAUCGCCGCCGCCGUGGGUUUCCUCUCGAGCCUGUUGAGGACCCGGGGCUGUGUAAGCGAACAGAGGCUGCAAGUUUUCAGCGGGGCCCUUCAAGAGGCACUCACAGAGCACUAUAAACACCAUUGGUUCCCAGAAAAACCAUCCAAAGGUUCAGGCUACCGCUGCAUCCGAAUCAACCACAAGAUGGACCCCAUCAUCAGCAAGGUAGCCAGGCAGAUUGGACUCAGCCUGCCCCAGCUGUACCGCCUGCUGCCCAGCGAGUUGACCCUUUGGGUAGACCCCUAUGAAGUGUCCUACCGAAUUGGAGAAGAUGGAUCAAUUUGUGUCCUCUAUGAGGAAGGGCCCACUCCGUCCUCUUACGGACUCCUCACUUGCAAGAACCAAAUCAUGCUGGGCCAGAGCAGCCAGUCAAAGAACUAUGUGAUGGCGGUCUCCAGUUAAGAUCCCUACUACUGCCUCCCCCACCCGCAGCAAUCUACUGUAUUCAUUCAGCCGUGACAACAGGCUACUGCAUACCUCAACUUGGGGAAUCAUAUUUUUAAAUGAAGAGUUAUUUAUAUAUAUUUUUUUUAAAAAAGAGGGGGAAAAAAACCAAAAUUUUUUUUUUAAAGAAAAAAAUAUCCUUACUUAGUGAGAGCUGCUUGGAAGUGGCCUCCUAUGGUGCCUUUGGAAAGAAAUUUUGUGAGCCUGAGUGUCUUGAAGCCAGUAUCUGCCAAUGGGAGAGGUAGCAGUUUAGGUGUAUGGACUUGGCAGGAUGAGAUGAUGGUAGGGUUGGGGAAGGUAUAGGGUAGGAGCCUGGUCAGCACCCCAGGGAAAACAAGAAGAUCUAUGGUUAGCAACUGUGAAUGAGAAAGAUCAGGGUCUACCCUGGGUGGGAGAAGGGUACAGGAGAAUUUCAAUUUAUAGCCUCCUAUACCCACAGCCAGGGUUCCAAGAACCUGAUCCUUUUUUGCUAAGAGGCAUUCAAGCCUAAACUUUUGAAAUGCUAUGUUACCUAUCUUUCCUUUCUUUUUUUUUUAUUUUCUUCUCUUUUUCUUCCCCUCUCUGAUGAGAUCAUGGGCAGGAAACAAAAGGGCAGCUUCCUUAUUCCUCCUGCCUGGAUCAACUUUUCUUGAAAUUAAGAAAUUGUCCUGAUAAUAUGCUCAGGGUCUGGAAGGUUUUGACAUCUCAGCUGUGAUUUCUAAGUCUUUGGGG